UCUCCGGAGCGCAGAAGAUGAGCAGUGGUGGCAGCGGCGGCGGUGGCGGAGGAGGAGGAGGAGGAGGAGGAUCGGUGAAGACGCCAGCGGACUUCUUGAAGUCGAUUAGGGGUCGUCCCGUCGUCGUCAAGCUCAAUUCCGGUGUCGACUACCGUGGAAUACUUGCAUGUCUAGAUGGGUACAUGAAUAUUGCAAUGGAACAGACAGAAGAAUAUGUGAAUGGGCAGCUGAAAAACAAAUAUGGAGAUGCUUUUAUUAGAGGAAACAAUGUUCUUUACAUAAGUACCUCGAAAAGGACCCAUGGUGAGGGAGGUUAGCAACCCAUGCAUAAUUUACAAUGUCAUUACAAUCAGCUUGCAAUCAGCUUUCCCAAGAUGGUGAACUUCUUCAAUAUUUCUGUGAAGUCUACCUUUGUAUCUGAUUUAUUUGUGAAACCGACAUAGUAGAUCCUAGUUUUUCUUAUUGUGGUGCUACCAAAGCAAGAGGUCGGAUUUCCCAUUUGCUAUUGUAUUUUAACAAAAAGUUAUCAAGUACUUAUUCGACAAGGUUUUUAUUUA